AAUAUAGACAUAAGGUAGAUGGUUUGGUAUCGCGCUGCUUUGGUUGAUUUACCUUUGUUUAUUUAUUUUACAGACUCAUACUCGGAUGACGAUGAACUUAUGGAAACGCUGACGCCCGAGGUCGAGAUGAAGCGGCGACCGAAACCAUCAGUUUCCCAAUCAAAACUGGUAUACUGCCCGACGUGCAAGAAGUCCUGGAAAUACGUAGCUCGUAAAACUCCGAAAAUCUGCGAAAAGUGCAAGACAGCAUUCCAGUACCAGUGCGAGAAGUGCAACCGCCUCUAUCGUCGGGUUGACGCGUUGACGGUUCACGUGACAUCUCAAUGCAUACAGCUGCUCAGCUGCAGUCAGUGCGACUUCAAAACAGAAGAUAAGACUAGCUUGGAGCAACACGUGUUACUUGCACAUACGAAACCUGGAAGAUACCAAUGCCAGCGCUGCGGUAGAGGGUACGAGGCUCUCAGAUACCUCCAGUCGCAUAUGUCGUGCUGUAAAAAGGACAAGCCCGACGGUCGAUGAACAAUUUAGUUUUACGUUCUUAGUGUGUUAUCAAUUUUUCAUUUUUUUUACUCAUUCGUUUUUGCGAUUGGCAAAAUUUUAGUUAUAAUUUCUUCUUACAUUGACACGCUUGAUUGUAUACUCAGUUUUUAGGAACAUUUUUAUUUUUUAUUUUGAAUACAGAUGAAAUUGCUAAUCUGUAGUAUAAAAGUGUCGACUGAUUUUAUAUACAAAUUUAUAUUAUUUCUUUUUAUUAUCAAACGGUGCUGUGUUUGCCGAUUAGUUUCAUCUUUGAAUGUAUGUAUUAAAUAAUUAUAUGUGUAAUUUUUAAUAAA